GUUAGAGAUUACAAAUAUAUUUAAAUAAAUACCAAGUAUAUAACAGUCAUGAUAGAAGAUGAACGAACGAAGGAUAUGUGUCCGAUCUGUAAAACAGAUCGGUAUCUCUCUCCCAAUAUGGUCUUCUUGAUCAAUCCAGAAUGUUAUCAUAAGAUCUGUGAAUCAUGUGUGGAUCGUAUUUUUUCAUUGGGUCCUGCUCCUUGUCCAUAUCCCGACUGUGGGAAGAUUUUGCGUAAGAAUAAGUUCAAAAAACAGGUAUUUGAUGAUCUUGUGAUUGAACGUGAAAUCGAUAUCAGGAAACGAGUAAGUGCUAUUUAUAAUAAAACAGAAGAGGAUUUUGAAACAUUACAAGAAUUCAAUGCAUAUCUAGAGAAUGUGGAAAACAUUGUCUUUAAUCUUACCAACAACAUAGACGUUGAGAAGACGAAUGCAGAUCUUAAUGCAUAUGAAGAAGAACAUAAGAUUAUGAUCUUAGAGAAGAAUAUGCGUGAAUCACAAAAGAAUGCAGAUUUCGUUCGUUAUCAAGAAUCUAUAGCACAAUUGAAACAAGAAAAACUCCGAAUUCAGAAACAAAUGGAAAUGGAAGACUUGGAAUACCAACAACAACAAAAGCAAGCAUUGUUGGACAAGUUAUCAUCCAAUGCCAAUGCAAACUCUGAAGUCAUCAUUGCACAAUCAAAUAGUAAUAUUUUGAAAAGAUCUUCGCUUAGAAAAAGGCAAUUCCAACAGCUUUCUAAUCAAUUGGAUCAACAACUCCAGAAUGCUAACCCACAUUCUAAGCGGCCUACUCCAGAAGAGGGUCCACUGACCCCUUUUACUCCCUUCAAGGGGGACAGAGAUACCAAAAAACGUUACUCCUUAUUAUCCGCGGGCGUGGUGGAUGCAGAUGCUAGUACAGGGACGUACCACGAUCCCUACGUUACCAAAUUGGCCCGUAAUAAAGAAUACUUGGGUGCGGGUUGGAGAUUGAACAUGGUUUUCGAGCGGGCUCUAGACGAAGCGUUCAUGGGGUUGGGGUGUUUCAUCGAGAAGGAAAAGAGUACAAAUGUUGUAUAGCU